CUUCAACUUCUGAUUCACGUCCUUCAGGGACACAAUAACGAGGACGGUGUGGCAUUUUAUCCACGUUACCGAGUGUCUUUUUUAAUCGAUUCGCUUUGUCCAGAAGAUAUGUCUUGUUCAUGAUGUGAAUUUUAUUUAUUGGGACACCUGCUAGGCUGAUAAAGCAAUCAUAGGAUGUCAAGCGUUGGAAAUCUCCGUCUUUAUUUGAACAGGAGCAGAAUGUUGUAAUCUCAUGGUCGUUUUCUUUCAACGGCAAAAAUGAACUGCUUGAGUCAAAGGCUAAGAAGGACAGCUCCCAUGCAGGGCAGCAGUAGAAAUGAGCUGGUCCCCUCCAAGCCUCCCAGGAUGAACGGAUGGUCGUGGCCCCCGCAGGCUUUCCAAGUGAUUGGCUGGCUGGUGUACAGCUACCUCGCCAUAGUCAGCUUUGGCAUCUACAUCCCUCUUCUGCCUCUGCCAUGGAGCUAUGUGGUCUAUGCCCUGACGGGUAUAACAUUUAUUGUACACUUUUUUACCCAUAUUGCUGCUAUGACUAUAGACCCGGCAGAUGUCAGUGUGAGGGCCAAACCGAGCUAUUCCAGUCCAAUGCCGCUUUUUGACCGGAAGAAGCAACCACAUGUCAUCCAGAACCUACACUGUUAUCUGUGUGAUGUCAAGGUCGGCCCCAAAGUAAAACACUGUAGUGUGUGCAACAAGUGUGUGGAAGACUUCGAUCACCACUGUAAAUGGCUGAACACCUGUGUGGGUGGCAGAAACUAUGGGUGCUUCUUUGUGGCACUCCUCUCUGCUACACUAGGUGUCUUCCUGCUUGUUGUUGUUAUCUUGUUCAUAUUUAUUCAGCAUUACCUGGAUCCAAACAGCCUGCGGACCGCUCCACAGUUUGACAGUAUGCUGGGGAAUGGUACCUGGCUGGUAUUUUUACCCUUAGCACCUAUUAAGACUAGUUCAGCUGGUCUCCUUAUAUUAGCCUUUAUAACAGCCAUGCUGAGCAUCACCUGCCUGCUGCUGCUUGGCCAUCUGCUUGGCUUCCACUUCUACCUCUUUUAUAAAGGCAUAAGCACAUAUGAUUACAUAAAACGCCAGCGCCAAAAAGAAGCCAGAAACGUUGAGGCAGGGAAUCCACAAGAUGCAAAAGUCAGCUGCAAGACCACACAGAAUCAAGAGAGCUCAAUUGACUGUGAGCCAGCAUUAUCGCAGAGUGCAGGCACCUGCAAAUUUGAUGAUAGAGGCCCACUCACAAGCCGAUUUUCGGAGUCCAUAUGCACUGAGUUGGAAAACUUUAAGAAGUCAGCAGAAAAGGAGAAUAGUUUCCAUUAUGGCACAGAAAAUCCCAAAGAGAACACAGCAAGGGAAAUGUCUAUGAGCAACACCAAAAGCUGGAAGCCUGACACUGAAGAGGCUCAGAGCGCUGAUGUGAAGUCUGCUCCCCGUGUUCCAGGAAUGCAGGACCCUCUCGGUAGCUCUGUUAUGACUCCACACGAUACUGAGCAGUAACUGAAGUCUGCAUGGUUGUGCAUCAGGAUAUGCUGCUCCGAGGAAUGAUUUAUUAUGACGAUAUGCUUCAUGAAACUGAGCCACACAACCAUGGAGCAUUGCUGAUGAGGACAAAGGACAGUUUGAUACGCAUCAUGGAACUUUUUUUUCAUCCAGUGGAUAUUUUGUAUGCAGUCUGAUGUGGACUUGUCGUAUUUUGUUCCUUUUUAUCUGGACUGGUGUUUUUAUGACGACAGAUGAAUUAUUUAAAGCAUUGUUUUAUCUCACUGACUUGUACAGAGGGCCAAAGUCCAGCAGCUCCACUUCCAGUUUAGCCUCUGUUCCACUAGCGUGAGUCAGAUUGGUGGAUUUUGGCAUCCUCAUCAAAGGCUUAAACGUGAUACUGGAGUUUACUAUUUAUAUUCUAAGCCAAAUGGAUCAUCAUCAUACAUCUUGUCACUUUAUCUGUUGGCUAAAAUGAGAGCCUUAUAUGGUAAAAUACAUUGACUAACUUAGUAGUGAAGCUGGUACUAGCCUGAAAAGGGCACAGCACUUCAGCUCUCUAUUGCUGUUUUAUUAACUGUUGAUUUCACAAAGCUGACAGUGUUCAGCGACUGUUUUAACUGGAUUUGAUAGUAAAGAAUGUUAAUUUACA